AACACUAUCUCAAUUCACUUCUUGAAAAAUUGUUAAUUCUCCGAAUCGGCAACUUUCUUCAGUGCUCUGCUCAUCAUUUUCUUCGAUUCUCAACAGACGAGCGAGUGAGUGCGUACUGAGUCGAGCAAGAACAAAACGAUGUCGUUUAUAUCGAGAAGCGUGAAGGUGGCGCCUAACUCGAGAAGCCUAGAGGAGGCAAGGGGAAGGGUAUUCGAUUUCUUCAGAUUAGCGUGCAGAUCAAUUCCAAAAGUAAUGGACAUUUACAAUCUUCAAGAUGUCGUCACCAAGUCUCAGCUUCGAUCCAGCAUCGCUUCUCAGAUCCGUAUAAACUCUCAUGUCUCCAAUCCCAAGGUGAUUGAUAUGUUGCUUUUCAAAGGAAUGGAAGAGCUGAACAACAUUGUGGAGCAUGCAAAGCAGCGCCACCAUAUUAUUGGACAAUAUGUAGUGGGUGAACAAGGGCUUGUGCAGGAUUUGGACACUAAGGAUCAAGCGAUGUCUGACUUCCUCAAGAACUUCUAUAAGAGCAAUUACUUUUGAAAACUUGCAAUGCUUUAUGGAUGUCCCUCUCGUUAAUUUCCCUUUUGGGUAGCUGGACUUCCCAAAUAAUAAUAAACUUUUCUGAAUCUUCUGAUGGAUAAAUUACUUAUUGAAGCUUUUGUCCACUUUCCAGAACCAUUUUGUGAAUUCAUGUUAGAUUUCAUAAAUCAAGAAAUGUGUCUUCUCUUUUGCUGGAAA